GCCAAGACCAUUUUGCAUCAGACUUGGCGACUGCAGUGGCCGGUAGCCUCACAAUGAGCUCAGCGGAGGAUGUCGCCUCUUUCACCGGCACCAUCAGUGCAUGUGCUAUGCCCCUGCUCAGCUUUUUGGGCUUGAUGGAUGUAGAGUUCUCUGCUUCCCUACUGCACGGUCUCACGCGCAGUGUUGUCUUGGGUGGCCUUGGUUUGCUUUGCCUGCAGGGAGAGACUGGCGUCUUCUACAGACAAACUGAGGUUAUUCAGGUGAAGUGAAGUGACCACCAGCGAACACAUUCACGAACAGACCAAGGCAGACAGCUGGUCUCUAUGAACACCAUUGUUUAUAUAUAGGAUAUUAUAGGAUAGGAUUGUUUGUAUGAUCCAUGAUUGAUGUGUGAACAACGUCGAUCAGCUACAUUUUGCGUGCCACUCAUACUCGUUGCCUUUUGGAUGCAGAAUUCUAAUCUCAGCGACAUUCAAAAGAUGAGGGUGGUGAUGUUGCUGAGAAAAGUGUUGGACUGUGGCAUUGCUUUUGACCAAUUGUUGAUAUAUACAUGUGUUUGCGAGUGUAGCAAGCGGAGCGUGGGGACGGGGACGGACCACCAGGAGAAUUGUGGCUUUGCCUUGAAAAGGUUGGGCCGAGGAAUCUCCUACCUCUUGGCAGGGCUCUAUUGCGCUGGCGCCCGGACAGCAGCCGUGGCGCAGGCAACCGCAGCUGGCGAGAUUGUGUCGAGCACAUUUGGAUUUACAUGGUACCUUUGCUGUGCAGCUUUACUUGUGGGAAGCCUGGUUUCCUUCUGGGCCUGGCAUGGACAGCGCCGAAGCGACUUGCUGCAGAACCCUGGAGGGCCAGACCUGGAUGCCUACUACAUAUCUUCCUGAAAGCCCCGCUAUCCGGGCUUCUCACGUCUCACUGUUUGAAAUCAGAGUGCAAGAGGACCAAGAUGGCUCAUUCUUCCAUGUUGAUUUUUGGUUGGAACGCGGUGAUCGACAACUGCAACAUGUUUGCCGUACUUGACUCAUGACUCAUUUCGACUCUGAGCCUCUUGCAGAUUUCAUGACUCGUCAUUUUCGCCUCAAAGGCAACUUAAUUUUGAGCGUCAUCUCUUGAUGCUUUUAACAUUGCUGCGCUGCUUUUGUUUGAAC